UCUAAAAUGAUAUUAAAUUUUCUUUUCGAACAAAAUUUAGGCUGAAGAAAGCAGCAGCACCACCAUAAAGACUCAAACCAGCAGUGAAAUAACUACUCCAUCCAGUACAAUCUCAAGAAGUGUUGUUGAAACCCAGCCGUCAACAGAUUCAUCAACCAUACAAUGGAAAAUAAGUGAAUAUUUUCCCCCUUGGAAUGAGACAGGCACCAAACCACCACCAACAACCACUAAUGCCCCAAUGGCUGAAGAAAACAGCAGCACCAUAAAGACUCAAAUCAGCGUACCGUCAACAGUUACAGAGUCCACAACAGAAGCAGCAACCAUACAGUGGAAAAUAAGCGAUGAAUAUUUUUCCCCUUGGAAAGCGGCAGGCACCAAACCACCAACAACAACCACUCAAGCCCCAAAGGUUCUUCCUUCAUGCGAUUCAACAUGCAAUAAAGAUAUGUCCUUAUUUAAUAUUGAUGGGACCAUCAAAGAUUUAUCAUCACAUGGAUUUUGGGUGGAAAUGUGCGGAAAGUUGUACCUUUUCGGAAGGAGCUUCGUUACCUGGGAGCAAAAUAUGGAGAGAUGUUGCAAACUUGGAAUGAAGCCUAUUGGUUUGGAGCUAGCAACAGACGUUAAAUGCCUCAAUUCUUUGAUUGAUGAUGAUUACUACAAGAGCAGAAUAAGCAGAUUUUACUGGACGUUUGGAUUAAGGAGGACGCAAGAGGCUAAUUCAAGUUACUUCUGGUGCAGCAGCGGAAGCAACAUCACUACCAACUGGGCGCCAAAUGAGCCGAACUACGCGAAAAAUGCGUUUGAAAACUGCGUUCGAAUGGAAAUGUCCAAGGCAAAUAAAGCCGUGCAACUUCUAGACAAGAACUGUGCGGUACUUAGCGUGCUUUCAUGUCAGGGACCAAUUAUUCCAAGAACCUGUUCCUCUCCGAGAUGCCCAAACUCGUGCAAAAAGAAGGCUAAUUUAUUUCAAAUACUGGCAGAUAAAGCCACAAAUUAUUUAAUUGAUCCAACGCGACAUGGAAUUUUGAUUAAAAACGAUUCUCGAGUGCUUUUGAUCAGCCACCCAAACGAUUCUCGAACUUUCGCAGAUUCUUUUGCCGCGUGUUGCGACGUGGGUUUGAAGCUGCUCAGUUUGCACCAGAAUUUCAUGUACUCGGUUUUGGUCGGCGCUUUCAACAACGCAAGCAUAAGAGGGGAAAAUUUCUGGACCUCCGCGACCGACCAAGGUUGCAGAUAUAACUUUGGCUUCUGCUCGUCCAACAGACUCCUACGCGAAAAUGCAAGGUGGGCAAAGGGACAACCCGAUCUUUCAUCCGCGAAUGGGUCUUGUCUGGCCGUGUCUACAGACGGGCGUUUGUUUGACGAAAUUUGUACUUCAAAAAUGAGAUACGUGUGCGAGGGGAGAGCUCAAACUACAUCGUACGCGGGGACGGUCGAGACGGAGUGCGCUGCUGAGUUUAAUAUGACGGAGAGUGAAGUAAAGCACUGUUUUAACUCAACGCCGACUGAAUUGAGGCAGAAAUGUUUCCUAAAAUGUUAUGGCGAGGCGACUGGAUUGUUUGUUGAUGGAAACCUAGAAGGAGACAGAGUAUUUGCUUCUUUCCACGCUAUAUCUAACGAUGACACAAAGAAAAUGCUGGAUAUGUCCUCAACUUUGGACUACUGCACCAAUGCAGCAAAGGGAAUGGAUCCGUGCGAUAAAUGCAGCAGUCUACUUAGUUGCGGCCAGGAAAAUUCACCGAAAUUAUUCGGGGAUUUCUUAGACGUGAUGGAAUUACCUCUGACGGAGUCGCCAAUCAUACUUCCUCCUGUGAAGGGCAUUCGUCCGGAAUACAAUUGCUACGCUAGAGCUGAGCCAAAAUCAAUUGCAGAUUCCCCGGUUCCAUUUCGCGCCCUAGGGCCUGGAUUGAAAUUGUUUCUUCAGCGUGCAUGCAAUAAGAAAUUUUUGAUACUCGGAACCUCACCGAGAACCUUAGCAUCAAAUUUAGAAUAUUGCUGCAGCCAUGGCAUGCGACUGGCGACAAUCGACACCAAGGAAAAGUACGACUGCAUGGUCCAGAGUAAUCUGACAUUUCAAUACGCGUCUGGUACUCUGUUCGGCGUGGCUGCCUCGCGCCUCGGCAAGCUGGACCGGCCCGCGUGGUGCUAUUCGGAGGCUGAAUUCAAUUUUACUUGGGCCGAGGACCUUUUGUCCAAUGAUACACUCGAAACCAACUACGCAAUCGCACUCAGCUUUUCCCCACCUUACAAAAUGCAGGCUGUUCAGCUCAUUUCAAACAUCGUGUGUGAAUCUCUGCAUUGAAUUUUUGAGUUUGUAGAUUCAAAAUGAUAUUUUAAUCCCAUUUAUUGAGUGGAAAAUUGUUGUUUUUGUCAAGAUGUAUUCACUAUAUAGGUGAAAGAUUUAAUUAAAAUGGCGUGUGUCGCAGUAAAAUUCA